AUGCCUAAGCUCUUUGGUUCUUUCUUGGUAGCCGCCUUGGCGGUUGGUGUCAUUGCUUCGCCUGUCGCCGAGCCCGCCAUCACCGAGGCGCCCAGCUUGGCCAAGCGAGCCACUUCUUGCACCUUCUCUGGCUCUUCCGGCGCCGCUUCGGCAAGCAAGUCGCAGGCUUCUUGCUCUACCAUCAUUCUGUCGGAUGUGGCCGUGCCAUCUGGAACAACUCUGGAUCUCAGUAGCCUGGCAGAUGACACCACCCAUUGUCCAAUGCUCACUCCAUCUCGACAGGUGAUCUUCGAGGGUCAGACCACCUGGGGAUACGAGGAAUGGGACGGCCCACUCCUCCAAAUCUCUGGUACUGGCAUUACCGUCCAGGGCGCCAGCGGUGCCUACCUUAACCCCGACGGAGCGCGUUGGUGGGACGGCGAAGGUAGCAACGGUGGCAAGACUAAGCCAAAGUUCUUCUACGCCCAUGAUCUUACCUCCUCGACCAUCACGAACCUUUACAUUGAGAACACCCCUGUUCAGGCUGUUAGCAUCAACGGCUGCAAUGGACUUACUAUCACCGAUAUGACCAUCAACAAUGAGGCUGGUGACACUGAGGGUGGUCACAAUACCGACGGUUUCGAUAUCGGAAGCAGUACUAAUGUGGUUAUCACGGGCGCCAAUGUGUACAACCAAGAUGACUGUGUGGCUGUGAACUCUGGAACGGACAUCACUUUCAGUGGCGGUGUCUGCUCCGGUGGCCACGGUCUGUCCAUCGGUAGCGUCGGUGGCCGUAGCGAUAACACUGUGGACACAGUUAAGUUCGAGAAUUGCGAGGUCAAGAACUCGGUGAAUGGUAUCCGUAUUAAGGCCACUGAGGGUGACACCGGCGAGAUCACGGGCGUGACUUAUUCCGAAAUCACCCUGAGCUCCAUCUCAGGGUACGGUAUCCUUAUUGAGCAAAACUAUGAUGGUGGAGAUCUCAAGGGAUCUCCAACCAGCGGUAUCCCUAUCACCGACUUGACCAUUGAGAACAUCUCCGGCGCGGAUGCUGUUGCUUCCAGUGGGUAUGACGUUGUCAUUGUCUGUGGAUCAUCUGCUUGUUCGGAUUGGACUUGGACGGACGUCAAUGUUACUGGUGGAUCAAAGUACAGUGCUUGCGAGAACGUACCCAGCGUUGCAGCUUGUUCGUGA